CACAUACUAAAAUCGGGAGAAAAAUAAUCGUUAAUCUUCCCGCUGGUUCAUUUAAAAAACCAAAUCCCCUUUUCACUUUCAAUGCUUUUCGCGCCGGUAUGAAAGAGACGUCGUUAUCCACCGCCUCACCUCCACCGGAGUUAGAAGACGGAUGCUUACGUCACGACGGCGACUGUCACGACAUCCACGACGACGGCGCUUCUUUCGAUGUCUUUUUACUGGACGACGAAGGCUUCCCGUCACAAGUCCCAGGGGAAGACGCUUCACCAAACGAAUCUGAGAAAAGCAGUUUCGCCGCCGAUUUCUAUCGCUCCGGAUCCGAUUGCUCGUCGCUGUUGUCGCCAGACGUUAACCGACACAGGGACCUCACGCUCACGCCGGAUUCGUUGUCUUCCGGGAAGAAACUGAAGCAGGCCAAUCUGUUCCAGAUUUGGGGAUUCAAAAGAAGUGUUGCUGUUGGUUCUGUUGAAUUUGAAUCCAAACAAGGUGGUUUUUGUGAUGAUAUAGGUGAGGGUAGUGUUUCAUCUGAGAAGAAGAAGAUUGUUACACCUGGAAGUUGGGGUUCGAUUUUGCGUGACAAAGGGAAAGUGGUUGAGAAAUCAAAUUCUUCUAGUAAGAGAAAGAGUUUACAUGGAGAGAAUAGGGUUACGCGUUCGUGUCCCUUUUAUAAGAAAAUGCCAGGAACAAACUUCACAGUUGAUGCUUUUCGUUAUGGAUGUGUUGAGGAGUGCUCAGCUUACUUUCUUAGUCAUUUCCAUGCUGAUCACUAUGGUGGUCUUAGCAAGAAAUGGUCACAUGGUCCUAUUUAUUGCUCUCCUCUUACUGGACGGCUAGUUAAAAUGUGUCUCUAUGUAAAUCCUUCGUACAUAUGCCAUUUGGAAUUUGACACCGAAUAUGUGAUUGAUGGUAUCAAAGUGACUUUGAUAGAUGCUAACCAUUGCCCCGGUGCAGCUUUGAUUCACUUUGAGCUCCCAAAUGGACAACGUUAUUUGCAUACUGGGGACUUUAGAGCUUGUAAACUGAUGCAAGACUACCAUCUUUUUGUAAAUAAACGUGUGAAUGUACUAUAUCUGGAUACUACGUAUUGCAACCCAAAGUACAAGUUUCCUUUCAAGGAAGAUGUACUAAACUAUGUUGUCAAAAUUACAAAGAACCACCUCAAAAUGCAUCCCAGAACUUUAGUGGUUGUUGGGGCAUACAGUAUUGGCAAGGAAUGUGUAUAUCUUGCAAUUUCUAAGGCACUUGGGGUAAAAAUAUAUGCAAAUGCUUCAAGAAGAAGGAUUUUACUAGCUUAUGAUUGCCCUGACUAUUCAGACAGGCUCUGUACAAAUGGAAAUAACACCCUUCUCCAUGUUAUGCCCAUGUCAUCUCUGAGAAUUGAGACUUUGAAGGAAUAUUUGAAAACCUACAAGGAACAAUUCACAUCAGUAUUAGCAUUUCGUCCAACAGGUUGGACUUUUAGUGAGAAGAUAGGCAAUGAUUUGGAACUAAUUAAACCUGUUUCCAAAGGAAAUAUAACGAUAUAUGGGGUUCCCUACAGUGAGCAUUCCAGCUUCACAGAACUGCGAGAUUUUGUUCAGUUUUUAAGGCCUGACAAGAUAAUUCCUACUGUGAAUGUUGGUAAUGCUGCUAAUCGAGAAAAGAUGCAAUCUUACUUUCGAGAUUGGUUGAAGGGAUGAAUUCCUCCCCAUUCUUUAAAAAGAUCGAGUUUAUAACGAGAUUUUCUCUUAAAAACCUAUUUGUGAAGACUUCACCUUUAAUGUUGCUUGAAGGGGAUACUGAAAAGAAAUCCUCUUCCCUUACCUGUUAUGGUUGCAUGCUUCAUCUAAUGGUGGUGGUUUUCCUAAACUUUUUUGGUUGAACUUCAUCAUUCUUCCCAAUUGUCAUCUCUGCUAAAAGUCUCCUUGGAAGAUUCUACUCUGCAGGAUAUGCAACAACUUUUCGUCAACCAAAAUAGAAAAAUGUAAAAUGAAUUGUUGUACUUAGGCAAUUAAGCAACUUGCCCAUUUUGAACAUUCUUGGAAUUUCUUGGAAUUUACAACAUGAUUCCAAUUAUUUAAUCCCAAAGGAGGCUCAGAUAGUAAAUGUAGGAGUUGUAUUAUGUAGAACCUUGUUAUAUUUAUGGCAGCUUUGGUUAAAGUUAUUGAGAAAUACUACACCAUUAACAUGUA